GUAUCUCUGCUCUCUUAGACUGAAUAAUUGUGGCGCCAUAGGUUGGUGGCAUAUUUUAAAUGCUUAAAACUACUGUGAAGGCUCAGUGAAAUCAAAACAGAUCAUUGGUUGGACUUGUGAGCUGGUUCAGCACUGAAAUUACUUGGAAUUUUAGAAUCCCUAAGGUUAGAAAUGACCUCUAAGAUCAUUGAGUUCAACCAUUAAUCCAGAAGCCAGUGUCCACCUCUAAACCAUGUGCCCAAGUGCCACAUCCUCACAUCUGAACACUUCCAGGGACGGUGAUUGUCAGUGCCACCCUUCCCAUGGAGAAACUUUUCCCAAUAUCCAAUCUAAACAUUUCCUGGCACAGCCUGAGGCUGUUUCCUCUGCUCCUAUCACUUCUUACCUGGGAGAAGAGACUGACGCCCACCUGGCUACAGCCUCCUUUCAGAGAGAAGAGCAGUGAACACAUCUUCAGAGGAUUCCAGAUGUGUGCCCUUAUGGAGAGAACAUUUUGCCCCUGCUGGAGGGUGAAAGUAGCUGCGUGGGUAAGCUAUAAGGAGGCCUUGUGGAGAAAUGCAAGUACAGUGUCCCUGCUAUGCUGGCUGAGGACGAAGGCAUGGCUGCUCCCUCGCUCUGUGCUGCCACCACGGCGGCCUCUCCGGAGCGCCACAAGGUGCCCGGCUUUGGCGACAGUAAAACCACACACUGCUCCUUCUCAAUUGAGAGUAUAUUGGGACUGGAGCAGAAAAAAGAUGGCAUUACAGCUGGGAAACCUCACAGACCCUGGAUGGAUGGAUGCACCAGCUUGGUUUUAGAUGAUGACAGUAAUCCCCAUCUGCAAAUCCCUGUUGUUUGCUAUGAAAAUCCAUUAUUUCAUGCUAGAAGUGAUCCAGCGCAAGAGGAAAACGUUUUGAAAUGUGAAAAAUAUUUUUCAGUCACUGAAAGGCUGUCUUUCAAACGAGAAUUGAGCUGGUACAGGGGUAGAAGACCAAGAACUGCAUUCACUAGAAACCAGAUUGAAGUCUUGGAAAAUGUUUUUAAAAUGAACUCCUACCCUGGCAUUGAUAUUAGAGAAGAGUUAGCUCGCAAAUUAGAUUUAGAUGAAGACAGGAUCCAGAUCUGGUUUCAGAACCGUCGUGCAAAGCUGAAAAGAUCACACAGAGAAUCUCAGUUUCUAAUGGUGAAAAAUACUUUCACCUCCAGCCUGCUGGAGUAGAAGGAAGGAUGGCUUGCUGUUACAGUACUGCUACAGAAAAUGAAGAAUUAUUCAGAACCUGUAUUAAGUAAUGAUAUAGUAAUUAUGAUUUUAUG